AACAACAGCCAGCAGGUCACCAUUUACAUCCAGGUGUCUUUGGCCCAGCUGAUCAACGUGAAUGAGAGGGAGCAGAUCAUGACCACCAACUGUUGGCUCAGUCAGGUUUGGAAUGACUACAGAUUAAUGUGGAACCCUGAAGAGUACGAAGGAAUCAAGAAAAUCCGGCUGCCGUCACAACACAUCUGGCUGCCGGACAUCGUCCUCUACAACAAUGCCGAUGGGACCUAUGAAGUUUCCUUCUACUCCAAUGCUGUGGUCUCCAACAAUGGUGAGGUGGCCUGGCUCCCACCAGCUAUCUACAAGUCAGCUUGCAAAAUUGAAGUCCGAGAUUUCCCCUUUGACCAGCAGAACUGCACCCUCAAGUUUCGCUCCUGGACCUACGACCACACUGAGAUCGAUCUCAUCCUCCUCAGUGAUUACGCCUCACGUGACGACUUCAAACCCAGCGGGGAGUGGGAUAUUGUCUCACUGCCUGGUCGUAAGAAUGAAGACCCUAAUGACAUCAGAUACCUGGAUAUCACCUAUGACUUUAUUAUCAAGAGAAAACCUCUGUUUUACACCAUCAACCUGAUCAUUCCCUGCAUCCUGAUCACGUCGCUGGCCAUUCUGGUGUUCUACCUCCCGUCAGACUGUGGCGAGAAGAUGACUCUCUGUAUCUCUGUCCUCUUGGCCCUGACUGUGUUUUUACUCCUUAUCUCAAAGAUUGUGCCACCAACGUCUUUAGCAGUGCCUCUGAUUGGAAAGUACCUGAUGUUUACAAUGGUGCUGGUCACCUUCUCCAUUGUCACCAGCGUUUGCGUGCUCAACGUGCACCAUCGGUCUCCCAGUACGCACACCAUGCCUCCUUGGGUCAAGCGUGUCUUCCUGUACCGACUUCCCUCUUAUCUCUUCAUGAGGAGACCCGGUAGCUCCAACAUCCGCGAGAAGUUUCGGAAAAAACACCAGCAGCGAUCGUACUCUGACCACAAGCUGCAUGGAGCCGAUGGAGGGACUGGAAGUCCUGCAGGCAUGGCAGAUUCCUCCUCGUCCUUCUUUGUGAAUGAGGAGUCGGCCAAACGCUACGGCUGGAAGAUCAGUGACUUGUCAGAGAACACAGAGUUCAGGAAGAGGAUGACGCUCAAGUGCAACAUUGCCGUGGAGGAUGCAGUGGAUGGAGUGCGCUACAUCGCGGAGAAGAUGAAGAGCGAGGAUGAUGAUGAAGGGAUCAUUGAAGACUGGAAGUAUGUGGCCAUGGUGAUCGACCGUCUCUUCCUGUGGAUCUUUGUGUUCGUGUGUGUGGUCGGGACACUGGGCCUCUUCAUGCAGCCUCUCUUCCAGAGUUACAACACUCCCAUUAUUGAUGACAUGGACCGUAACUGAUGCCUGUGAUGUCAUCAUGAACUUUGAGUGCCCCCCAAAAACAGAGCUCUGACGACAUUUUAACACACAAACUCACACG